CACACACUCUGCUCGGCAGCUUUCCGCCCUGAAGCCCCCGAUGCUGCGCUCAGAGCUUCGAGAUCCGCGCCGCUCCAAGGAUGUUCCUCCCGGAUGUGGCCCUUCAGUGCGCGCUCCUGCUCGGGUUCACCUGCCUGGCCGCUUUCGUUCACACUUCCCCGCAGUUCUCAGGUUACCUGUUGCACGUGUUGCGUAACUACACAGAUGAGGUGUGUGAUGGUCACCACCUGACUGUACGCUGCCCUCCCAGAACCACCAUCGCUGUCCAAUCAGCUUUCUACGGCAGGAAAAGCUCCGCCCACUCUCCGUUCUGCCCACCGCUGUACAGCAUCGGUGGGUCACGCCCACUGAGUGGUGUCACUUCCUGUCAUGUGGCAACAGCGCUGCAGGUAACACAGAAGAUGACAGACGAGUGUGAGGACAGGAGGAGCUGUGAGCUGUUGGUGAACAGUCGGUUGUUUGGAACGGAUCCGUGUCCAUCCAUCGGCAAAUCCCUCACUCUGCAUUACAAGUGCAGACCUAACGAGUAUAAGAGUAAGGUGGUGUGUGAGGGGGAGAAGUUGAGGGUGAGCUGUAAGACAGGGAUGCAGAUCGCCGUGUACUCGACCAUGUUUGGACGUACGCAGGAGGGGACACUGGAGUGUCCUCCACACCACCGGAGGGCGCCGUCUGUCGACUGCCACGCGGAAGGGGCCCUGCAGGUGAUGACAUCACGUUGCCACGGGAAACGCACGUGCAUGGUUCGAGCCUCGGCGCAGGAGUUCGGAGACCCCUGUUACACCGGGACUCGCAAAUACCUCAGUGUUAUAUACACCUGUGUUCCUAAGAAGCUCCUGCAGGAUUCAGUUCAGAGCCCCUCGUUUGCUCCGCCCCCUUCCCAACCUCAUGACCCCAACGUAGUGGGAGACAGCGCACCCCCUGAAGGGAACCCAUCUGUGACCUCUGACCCUUCACCAGGGAAGUCUAAGCGAGGGAAGGCUGGCCCGGACUCAGAGGAAAAAAUUCCUUCUGAAGACGGAGAGGAAGAAGAGAGAGAACAAGACAGCGAUACAGAAGCAUCACCCAGAGACCCGAAUCCUGCCGUCAGCACCGUCUUCAGGAACAAGAUGGCGCUCAUCAGUAACGGCCUCGCUGCCUACACCUACAUCGCUGAGCACCCGGAGCGCUGUGCGCUGUACUUCAUGUGUGGUGUGUGUGUCGGCCUCUUCCUCACACUCUUCGCGCUGGUGGUGCAGAUCUCCUGCCGGACCGAGUGUAAACAGCGGCAAGCCGUCCCUAAGAAACGGCCUCGCCCGGCCGACUCGGGUUCGGAUUCCGACUCCGAUUCAGACUGGGACUCUGGCUCGGACCUGUCGUCACGGCGACGGCGGCGCUUCGAGCGCACGCUAAACACGAACGUGUUUACCUCGGCCGAGGAGCUGGAGCGAGCUCAGCGAUUGGAGGAGCGGGAGCGAAUCAUCCGCGAGAUCUGGAUGAACGGACAGCCCGACGUCCCGGGAACACGGAGCCUCAACCGCUAUUACUAAACACACACACACACACACACACCCCCAGACACAGAAAGCAGAUUACUGUGGAUGUUGCUGGGAUUUGUAGUCUUCACAGAGGACAGCACCACAAAACUGUACCGUCCCACUCUGUGUGCGCGCCUGCUAACUCUUAACAGUCACUGUCCUGGGGUCAAAGGUCACGCCAAUAUGACCACCUCCCUGGAACGUAGAGGACGGCGAAGCUAAUUGGAGAUGUAGUCCGAGUGGAGGCUAACAAGCUAACAAUCCUAGCCAUAGGCAGCUCUGAAAGACUGAAGACGCUCUACGCAGCUCCAGCACUCUGAUUAGUCCGUUCCUUCUGCCCGUCAAAACGGGAGGCGGGACUCUAGAGGACAAGACCAAAGGCAGCGACCAGGUCUAAAGACUGUGUGUAACAGGAAAACUCUGGAAGAAAGGAUGAAUUUUACCCAUCAGCCCAUCUCCCGAUGAGGACCAUGAUCCUGAAACGGUCAUUAAUUCGGAAGGAGCGAUUCGGAAUUGUUUUUGUCUGCUAGCUGGCUCACUAGCUACAAAUACGACAGGACGUAGGACGGUACGGUUCAUGCUGAAAUGCACCUUCUAAUACAACCUCGGUGAAACGUUGCUGCCUUCGAACUUUGCCUUCAAAUAUACAUAUAUAUAUAUAUAUAUAUUAGAAAUGCUUGGAAUUCAUCUCAGCCCUUAUAAAGUAUAUAUUUUGAAUAUUUAAUAUUUUUUAUUGUUUUGUUCCCUGAAUAGUUCUGACAUAUUUUUCUACAGUGGCAGCAUUAUUGCGUGUGUGUGUGCGAGCGCGUGCGAUAGCUCAGGGAUGUAAUCCGAGUGUUUCCGUGUAAAACGAUUCUUAAGAUUUUAUGCGCUUUACUGCGAAACGUUCUGAACUAUAAACCUCAAAGAGGUCGUGGGUUUCGUUUUUCGCUCCCGCACACGAGCAGGACGUUUUAUGCAAAACGAGUCGCGUGCCUUAUUCGGAACGGAGGACGUCAAAUAAUCGUUAAAAAAAAAAAAAAUACCCACACUUGGAAGUUUUUCGAUGAGAGCAGGGGGUUUCCCUGCGACGGCGGGGGAGCAGCUGUUAACCAUGCAAAGUGGGUGGGGCUAGCGAUGUCACAAAGCUGAGUGAAAUUUCGAAUUUUAUGUAAAUGAGUAGUAGAAGCAAUUCGCCAACUACCCGAUUAGGAGUCGUUGUUGUCUUAGCAACCUGGUUUCGUAGACGUUCACCUGCACUCGAUAUUUCCACCAUAAAUGAUCAACACGACAGUAACGCUGAUCCUCUCGCUUCGACAGUCGCUCGGCUUAUAAAGGGAACGCAAGGAGCGGACUUGAUUGGAUAUUGUAAUAGCACGCCUAACCACACCCCUUAACUCUUCACUCUAACUCCGCCCAUACUGCCACCGAGCAUAUUUCUGCCAAUCAACACGAUUACGUUCUGCCAUUUGUUUUAAAAUAAACGUCUCUCUUCAUGUCGUCACUAACACACCGAACGCGCUACAGUAUAAACCACGACUCGUACGACAAGUCAGUCUCCGGAUUUCAUUUUACAUUUUAAGAUCUGCGAAUACAGUCCUCAGAAAAGGUGACGUGGUGUGCGAGUGUUUAACAGGAGUGUGUAUAUACACGUAUUCAGACUGUAUUAAUGCCUUAUUAACUUCCCAGCAGAAAUUUGUCCACGAGAGGAGAAUACACACGGGAGAACGUGGGCAGUGCCAUCUAUUAUUUAUGCAAUGUCUCUUUAAAAAUAAGUAAAUAAAAUAACUGAAGGACAACAAUGACGCAAGUCACGUGUUGCAGCGACGUAUCCACAUGUAGCUAAACAUGAACAAAGAGGAAAUCGUACGUCGUUAGGACAAAAACAACGAUUUUUUCUCCCUUGAUUUAAUUAACAAAUGUUAAAUCUGUCCAUUAACUGCUGGGGGGGUUGUACACAGACGUGAUGUACACUUUUAGAUAAUAAUCAGCAUUUCCACGUGACUGUGGUUCACAGAAACGUCGUUUCCAUCGCAUUUUAUUUUCGCCACUUUUUCCGAAACGCCGCCGCUGACAGCAACUAAAGUCAUCCUUUCAGUUUGCAACGAUAUCUUAGUACAGUGUUUUUGGGUUGUUGUGGGUUUGUUUUGUUUUUUUGCGCCAAUAUGGAAGGCUUCCAUAUAUGGACUCAAAGACACACCCACGUUCCCAUCUACGCCCUUAAAUACACGCCCCGCCUCAAAACGACUCUCGUUUCUGUACGAGGGAUCAGACACGUGCUGUUAUGCGUAAUCGCAGCUCCGUACCUGCAUCACAUGAAGUCUUGAGCAGGUACUAAAAACCACACUCCUGGAACCUUCAGUACUGGAUCUGGAUGAGAUAUGAGAUGGCGAUGGGGGGUGGAGCACAGUUCCUGUUGUCCUGCAGUGGGGGGAAAAAAGGCCCAAAGGAGAAGCUGAAAUUCGUAAAGAUAUAAUGGAUUAGAAAUGACUAGAAUACGUCCCGACACCUUUGUUUCAUGCCAUAAUGUAGUACAGUACUGAAACAACAUUUAGCUUCGAGGUUUAAGUUUAAAUCGAAUAGUAGUGUUAUAUUUUUUCCUUAACAGUUAAACUCGGCUAAUAUAAAACGGUGGUUUAAGGUGGAAAAAACAAUAGAUGGCCACAAUCAAGUUACUAAUGUACGAGAGUCGUGUUAUUUUUCAGGCGUUUUAAUGAAAACUGCAGACUCUCGUGGAUUAAAAAAAAAAAAAAAAAAACUCUCUGCUGGGAUGCUUAAGGGGUUCUGACCUCACGUAAUUCACAACAAUGAAGUAAACCAGAUUCCUCACAGUUUGCUGUAGAUCAUACUGCUUUAAAAGUAUUUCAUAUGAAUUUCAAUUGCAGACGGCUCUCUAGUGGACAUGCAGUGCACCAGCUAGGCUGAAGAAAGCCUUUUUCUUCUAAUACAGGAAGUAGGGAGCUGAAAGGAGCUCCAUACUGGAGUAUGGUAUUGUUCUAUAUGUAUGGAGUGCACUAGGAACCAUUUGGGAGUCAGCAAUAAUGUCCAGAAUCUUUUUUUGUACUUUCAACCAGUGCCUUACAUGCAUUAACCAAAAUAUGUUUACCUGUGCUUGGAAUAAAUUUUAAAUAAACUGAAAACAUUUUGUGGUGUAAA